CUUUCAAUCUGUCUGUAUGACUCUUUAAAGCACGUUGGACGAAUCCGAUCCCGAAGUCCAGCUGCUGUUUGAAACGCCUCUAGCGCCCUGUGCCUAGCGCCGUUCCCAAUGGGUGUCAGCAAGGCUCCCCUCCGGUAUUGCUAGAAUGACAAGCCGAUCGCCUAACUCCUGCUACCUUCCUUGCGUCGCUUACCGCAUCCGAAAGCCGCGUGGGAUACAAGAUCAGACUCUCCGAUCAAGUGUAUUUGAUAAAUUAUACGGAUAAACCUCGCGAUUCGCGACAGGUCAUGGUCUCCCGAUCUCGCGAGGGGAGCCAGGCGUUACCUCCCCCUUCAUCGUCUCGAACUCCAGCUACGGCAAACAGACCCAAAAUGGCGAGAUUAGGGACAAGCCCAACCAAACGUGAUGAUAGGAUGGGGAAGACCUCAGCGAAGGAUGUUGCGGAGCUUCAGGACUACCAAUUGGGGGAUUGCUUGGGAAGGGGUGCCUUUGGGUCCGUCUACAGGGCUUUAAAUUGGAAUACCGGAGAGACUGUCGCUGUAAAGCAGAUAAAGCUGACAGACCUUCCGAAGAGCGAACUACGAGUCAUCAUGCUAGAGAUUGAUUUGUUGAAGAACCUGGAUCAUCCCAAUAUCGUCAAGUACCAUGGUUUUGUGAAGUCUGCUGAAACUUUAAAUAUCAUCUUGGAAUACUGUGAAAACGGCUCCUUGCAUUCUAUCGCGAAGAAUUUUGGCAGAUUUCCAGAAAACCUGGUCGGUCUGUACAUGUCCCAGGUCUUAAAUGGACUGUUAUAUCUCCACGAGCAAGGUGUUAUCCAUAGGGAUAUUAAGGGUGCGAAUAUUCUUACCACCAAGGAAGGUCUGGUGAAGCUGGCGGAUUUUGGUGUUGCCAGUCGGACCACUGGUCUCAACGAAAACAGCGUCGUUGGUACUCCAUAUUGGAUGGCUCCUGAGGUGAUUGAGCUUUCAGGUGCGACCACAGCUUCAGAUAUAUGGAGUCUUGGUUGUACUGUCAUUGAGCUUUUGGAGGGCAAGCCCCCAUACUUCAACCUUCAACCGAUGCCUGCACUGUUUCGCAUUGUGAAUGAUGACCAUCCCCCACUGCCACAGGGUGCAUCACCGGCUGUGAAGGAUUUUCUCAUGCAGUGUUUUCAGAAAGACCCCAACCUCCGUGUUUCUGCAAGGAAGCUACUUAAACAUCCCUGGAUAGUCAAUGCCCACAGGUCAGAUUCAGUGGUCCCGAAGAAGUCUACCGAAUAUGAAGAAGCUGUGAAAAGCGUCCAGGAGUGGAACGAAGCUCUUCGGUCACCGGGUAAAGGUGACUUACGGAGAACUUUCAGAACAAAUCAUUAUAGCCCAGCUCCUCUGCGUCAGGACUUUCCUGGUUCUCGGAGCCCCCCAGCGAGGGACUCCUUACCGACCGCUACCUCUAAAUGCGUUACAGAUAGGUUCAAAUCCCUAGAUACCGCAGAGGACGACAACUGGGACGACGACUUUGUCACUGCUAUUUCUCCUAGCGCAUUGCACUUGCCUCACCUUCGGCCACAUGAUAAUUUCGGUGGCAUGCUAUCUUCUGAGAAGCUUAAGGCAUUUGCAUCUCUAGAUGGGACGGUGACGAGACACGACGACAGCUUCGGUUCCGAUGACACGGUAUUGCAGCCGGGUGAGACAGAUCCUCAACAAACUAUACGACCAUACCCAUUCCAACGUCAGCAGGCGAGCAAGAACUCCGUGUCUUCCAUGCAGAACGUUCCCAUUCUAAACCAGAGCCCAAUGCCGCCAAGACGACAACAGCGUCCAGCAUCUUUGUUUAAGGAGAAUUCCGUAGAGGACUUCUCGGAUCUCGUAAUUGGCAAUGAAGAUGUCUUGGACCGGAAGCUAGGUGCCUUUCAAGAUGUGGAAUAUUCCAGGAACCGCCAAGCUUCACAGGGUUCUUCAUCAUCUACCAAAGUCCCUAGCAGAUUGUUCACUCAAGAAGACAGCGUGGAGUCACAAGGUCAACUUAAAAGGCAGAUAUCCGUUAGACGCAAUCGUUCCGCGAUCGAAAUCGAAAAGUUUGCAGAGAACGAGGGGGAUGAAGAUUUCUCUGAUAUCCUCGGAACCGGCGAGGUUGUUUUGGACAACCCUAAAGUGCAAGGGAACUCGGGUCGAAACCUGAUGUUGAAUUCAAAACUCUCGAACAAUUCUUGGCUUGGGGACCAGGAUGAUGAGGAUGACCCGUUUGCGCAGCUGGAAGAGGGGUUUGACGAGAUGGAUUUAGAGGCCAACAUCGCGCGAGAUAAACACGCCCGGCUUCGGAAUCAAGUCGAGGGUCUUGUUACCUCCUUGAAGACAUCACAGGAUGAUGAUGUCCUCGAGGAUAUUUCCGAUCAACUGCUAGGCAUUUUCUACGAUUUCCCUGAAACAAAAAACGUCAUUAUCGGUGCUCAUGGAAUGCUGCCAAUACUGGAAAUCCUCGACAUGUGCCGACGACGUGAUAUAAUCACCAACCUUCUGAAGAUCGUCAACGCAAUCAUUUUCGACGAUUAUGAGAUCCAGGAAAAUCUCUGCUUCAUCGGAGGAAUACCGAUAAUCAAUGAAUUUGCCUCCAAAAAGUAUCCACAGGAGAUCCGACUUGAGGCAGCUGCCUUCGUGCAGCAGAUGUAUCAGACCUCGACUCUUACACUUCAGAUGUUUGUUAGCGCUGGCGGCCUAAACGUCCUGGUUGAAUUCUUGGAAGACGAUUACGAGGAUGAACGUGAUCUUGUCCUAACUGGCGUCAAUGGAAUUUGGAGUGUGUUCGAAUUGCAGGGUUCCACUCCCAAAAAUGAUUUUUGCAGGAUUUUGUCUCGUAACUCUGUCCUGGACCCUCUGUCUCUAGUUUUGAGCCGCGUUUUGGAUGAGGGAGGAGAGUUUGCCGAAAUUGUUGAGGGUCGUAUUGCAAAUAUCUUCUUCAUCUUCUCACAGGCUGAGAAUCAUGUCAAGGAAAUGGUUGCUGAAAGGACUGUUCUGCACAGGGUGCUGAAAGAAUUGAAACGCAUGACACCGGUUCAUCAGAUAACCAUGCUGAAAUUCAUCAAGAACCUGUCUAUGUUGUCCACGACUCUCGAUGCACUUCAAAACUCAAACGCUAUUGACGUGUUGACAGACCUGUUGAGAUCAACAAUGAAGCGUCCUCAUUUCCGAGAAGUGUCUAAUCAGAUUUUAAAUACCAUAUACAAUAUGUGUCGUCUAAACAAGUCACGUCAAGAAGACGCUGCAUUGAAUGGCAUCGUGCCUCUUCUUCAAAAGAUUGUCAAGACGGAGCGCCCACUGAAAGAGUUCGCUCUGCCCAUUCUUUGCGAUAUGGCGCAGUCUGGCAAGGUCGGUCGUCGCGAGCUGUGGCGCAACAGAGGUUUGGCGUUUUACAUUUCUCUACUCUCGGACCCCUACUGGCAGGUCACUGCUUUGGACGCAAUCUUCAUUUGGCUCCAGGAGGAAACGGCAAAGGUUGAAGAGCAGCUUCUGGAUGAUAGCCACUACAAGCCGUCUUUCACUGACGCCAUUGUCAAAUGCUUAACAAUUUCCAAGGCUAAUGCAUUCGAAAAUAUUUUGGAACCGCUUCAGAAACUUCUACGUUUGAGCCCUGCGAUUGCUAAGACACUCGCCCGGCCAGAUCUUUUCACGAGGAUCGGACUAAAGCUCCACCACAAUAAAGCUGCGGUACGGUUGAAUUUGCUCCGAAUCGUAAGCAGCAUCUGUGAUUCAAGCGAGGAAAAUGGCGAUCUUCUGGCUCGUUACGAUCUCCUUGACGCGAUCAGGGAACUGGAAGAUGACCCGGCCAUUCUGGUUAGAGACAUGGCUGGCAAACUUAUUAAAUCCAGUGAGCGAAGUGAAGCUUUGGGUCUCGGGAAGCGCAAGGCGGCCGUGAGACAGAGAAGCACCUCGACCUUAUCCGGCCAGUCUACCCCGUCUACGCCCCAGCUCAGCCGUUCGAGCCAGUCGAAGGGAUUUAUGGAUGGAUGGGAGACGCCAAGGCAUUCGCGUAACGGUCUUGGUGGCUCUGGUCUAGCGUUGCGACCUAGGAGCCAGGAUAGCAGCAUUGGCCCUAGUCUUCUUUCCCCAGGGGCGAACGGUUCGAUCGCAGUGAGAAACAGAGUCAUUCGCGGGUUGUCUCAUAGGCUGUCUCAGGUUGAGCUUUCACCGGAUGAAGACACCAGGCCUUCUCUCUCCCGUCGACGUUCGAUGGUACCUCGUCGUCGCAGGCCAACGAUUGCAGACGCCGAACUGUCGUGAUUUGACCACUCAUUUGAUCUGUUCUCCCACUCUGACUCUCAUAUGCACGAUCUCUCCUUUUAUUUCCCCGUUGAGUACAUGCAUAAUAUGGGCGUACUGGACUCUGGGAACUGGUAUUUUCUGUUUUCACUCUCUUCCUCGACUGACUGCCGUCUCUUGGCAUCGUUGAUGCGAACUGCACUUGCUUUUGCCUUGGGAGCUCUAGUUAUUUCUUUAAUUUUCCUUUUCCUCCCUUCUCUGGGUCAAUGGUUACUGGAUAACGGACAUUAAUUGGGAGCAUAUCGGAGGUGAUUCUUACCUACACGGAGCGGCGAGAUGGUUGCGCGCUGGAUAGGAUACAUAGAGAACUCCAAUACGACCGGCCUAGUAGUAGCAUAUUUU